ACCUGUCGAGCGACAGUUCGAUUCGAUAUUGGCCGCUCUAGCAAAGUAACCGCUGUUUUUAUUUUCGUUAUUUACGGCGUUUUUGUGAAAUAAUGAGUAUUUAUAGAUAAAGUAGCUCCUAAAUUGGUACUAUUUUUAUUUAAAGAAUAAACAACUUUAACAUGGCCAAAUGGAAAAUAAGUAGACUGAUUUUUGGUAAGGAAGAAUUCACAUUUUCGGAAGGAGAUGAAGUAACCAUAGGCAGAGGACUUAACAACAAAAUAGUUCUAUCAAGUUUAUUAAUUUCAAGACAUCAUUGUGUACUCAAUGCAAAAAAAGAUGAAGUUUACUUAACGGAUCUUAAGAGUGCAAAUGGAAUAUAUGUAGGUUCUACAAAAAUACCAUCAUAUAAACCAGUUAAAUUGAAAGCCUUAGAUGUUAUUGGGUUUGGCUUGACCACAAGUUCUGUACUUCCUAAUGUGGAAGAUAAGGAAAAAUAUUUAUUUAAAGUAACAAAAGAGGAAACAACUUUAGCAGAUAGAAUAGUAUUCCAAAAUGAGGAUGAAAUUGAAGAAGAAUUGUUGGCUUUGGAGAAAGAUUUGUCCAACGAAGGAGGGGUGUCUUUAUCACCUAUCUUAGAUUUGAAACCAAAUUUAAAACGAAAAAUAGACCAAGAAAAAGAAAAUGUGGUUCUCAAAAAUUAUUUCAGAGAUCAUCAAUCUGAUAUCAACUCAAUUUGUGGUAACAAAGUUAAUAUAAAAAAUGAUCUACAACAUACUGACAAAAAACCAGCUGCCAUCAAAAAAAUUAAAGUUAAAGAUGUUAGGAAUGAAGAUAUAAUAAGUUCUGAGGAAUUUAAUAAGGAAGAAAAUGAUUUAGAAUUGGAAGUAUUUACAAUAAAAAGGGAGUAUUUAGGCCAUGAUGAUGAUCCUAUACAAAUUGACAGUGAUAGUGAUGAUAGUGAAUCUGAGCAAUGGUUUUUAAGGCUUUCACAAAAUUCUCCAGGCAAGCCCUUCACUCAUGCAUCAUCAAUCAAGAAACAUGUUGAAUCAGUUAAAGAUUUCCAAAAAGAUGAGAGUUCUUAUAGUCAAAUGGAUGAUGAAAUAGAAAAUAAUUUAAUACAUAUUCCUGAAGAUGAUGAAGAUUACAUGACUGAUUUAAUAUCAAUACCCCCUCCACCUCCAGAUUAUGAAAUUGAAAACAAUCAUGGUCUAGAAAAUGAAAAUAAAUGUGAGGUGAAUGAAAUAGAUAACUUCUUACCUACAGAACACACAGCACAGGAACCUUCACUCAAAAAUACAGAUGUAACCACUGAUCCAGUGCCAAUUCAAGAAGAUGUUGUUGAUGGUUAUACCACUGCAAUUCCUGCAAAAUCAGCCCAAAACAAGGAAUCCAUACAAAACAUUCAUCAUGUGACAGAGACAAAUAAUAAAAUUCAAUUGAUUUUGCCCCAACCAUUAGCUCAAAGAAGAAUAUCCAAAAUAGUUUCACCAGAAAGGAAAGUUAAAACACCAUCAAGAAGAAACAAAAAAUCAAGCUCAUCAAAAAGAACUAUAACUGAAUCACAAAAAGAGGAACGAAAGAGAAAACUUAAAGCUAUUGCUGAAAAGAAUAGAGAUCAUAGUGAACAGUCCAAUGUGGUGGCUACAGGUGACGAUAAUAAAAAAGCAUUAAACACUAUCAACGUUAAAGUGACCAGUACAAAUAGAACAAUGAAAAUGACUAAAGACCCACACAAACAAGAUGGAGAUUAUAAAUCUAAAACAGAAGCUCCAAUAAAAAUCCAAGCAUUAGACAAAAAAUCUGAAACUACAAAUGAAAAGAGUACAUAUUCGAAGUCGAAAAAAGAAAUAGAAACCAAAAAGGAACUAGAUGUUAAAGUUAGGCAUCCAGACAUAAAAUCAACCAAACUAAUAGAGCAUGAGGAAACAUUACAUAAACAUAAACAGAAUUUGAAGCACAAAUCAAAAUAUACAUCAUCAAAAGAUAAACCAGUGAAGAGUUUGAAGCCACUUACUGAGAGUGAGGAAUCAUUAUCAGGGAAACCUCUUUCCAAAGUGGAGCCUUUGCCUCAAAGAAAACCAAAGAAGUCUGUGCGCUUCUCGGAAGCAGCGCCACAGGUUCGAGAAUUUGAAAUAGAACCAGGCAACAGAAUGAGAAAGACCAGUUUGAUCAAAACAACAUUGGUUGAUGUACAACAAAUGCCUAUCUUCUCUUUGGAAAAAAUAUCUUUAAUGAAAGUUUUGAGAUGGAACCCCAACUGGCUUGUUGAACAAACUACUAGAAAUAUUCCACCUCCUAUAUUGGGACAUACCAUUGAACCUACACCUUUAUAUCAUACGUUUGAAAAUCACAAUCAAUAUGUACAGCAAGUCGGAGAUUUAUUGUUAAUGGAAAUAUGGGAUAGUAUAUCAUUGGCAUAUAUGAAAGCUUGUCAGAAUCAACAGACCAGCCUGUCCAUGAGAAUAGCUUCUCUGCCGCCGGUCCCGCCACCUGAGAGAUACUUUGAUAUAUUCAAUGUUAGCGUCGACAUUUCUCUCCCAAAUACAGAACUUAAAAAUCUCCCCAAAGUCGGUGAUGUGUUGCUGGUUUCUUUUGGAAGUGAAAACACUCGAAGAUUUUUCUUUCUUCAUAAUAUCAGAUGUCUUCCAUCGCCAGCUAGAAACAUACACUCAUUCUACAACCUAUCUUUGCACGCGACGUUCACACAAAAGAUGAGGGACCUUAAGCCAGGCGAGGUUAUAUCAGGAUUGAACCUGGGUCACAUCAACAAUGAGAUGAAUUUAUUCGAAGCGAUGGGCUACCUCGCCUCCUCGCCGCUCAGCGAAGCCAUACUGAGACCUGAACCAAGACAUUUUGUACCCGACGAGUCCUUUUCUAAAGAAAUACGAUCACCGUGGACGAUGACAUUAAACGAGAGUCAGAUGCGCGCGGUGACGUCAUCAGUGGCCGCGGCGCUCGGCGACCGGCCCUGCAUACAGAUGAUACAGGGACCACCCGGCACCGGGAAAUCAAGCGUAAUAUGUUCAAUAGUGAUGACGUAUUUCUACGACAAACACGGCAACCGCCACCAGAACAGAGGCAAGAUAUUGAUCUGCGCGACCAGCAACGCGGCCGUCGACGGCCUCGUGCUCAAGCUGCUGAAGAUCAGGCAGAACUUGCCCAAACCGCAGAGGUUCCGCAUGGUGCGCGUGGGGCGGCUGGAGGCGAUGCACGAGCGCGCGCGCGACCUCAGCUCGCAGCAGCUCGCCGCGCGCGACGCGCAGCGACCGCCUGCGCCCGCCCCCCACAACUCUGCUGUUGAAGAGAUAUCUCUACUGAAUGCGAAAAUAAACAAGUGGAAAUCAGCGGCAAUCGAAGCGAAGGACCCAGUGAGAGUAGCAUACUGUGAAGGCCGAGUAAAGGAACUCGAAAAGAGAAAAGGACUGCUGUCGGGCGGCGCGGGCGCGGCGGGGGAGGCGCUGCGGCCGGAGCAGCUGCAGUGGGCGGAGCGCCGCAUCGUGGAGUGCGCCGACAUCAUCGCCACGACCCUCGCCAGUGUGCACAACCACAAGCUGCGCGGUGUAAAGCGUCGCAUUGCACUAUGUAUCGUGGACGAGGCCGGACAAGCCAUCGAGCCGGAGGCGCUGCUGCCGCUGACGCUGGACGUCACCAAGCUGACGCUGGUGGGCGACCCGCAGCAACUGCCCGGCUACAUCUGCUCGCAGCGCGCCAAGCGUCUUGGUCUGGGCGAUAGUCUGUUCGCACGACUGUCAUCAUGCGCCGAGACGUGGAACAGAUCGGACGAGGAACGAGCAAUACAACUGCUGCAAGUGCAGUACCGCAUGCACGCACACAUAGCGGAUUACCCGAACCGAGCGUUCUACGCGAGUCGAGUGGGCGACCAGCCCCCCACGCGCCCCGCACUCCCUUGUAUGCCCUAUGCCGUCAUAGGCAUCAGCAGCGGCGACAAAGGACAGGCUGUUCGCGGCGAGAACGAGAUGGAAGCUUGGGGCGUGUCGCGUGUGGCGGCGGCGCUGAGUGCCGCGCUGCGUCGCGCCGCGCUGCCGCCCGGCGUCGCCGUCAUCACGCCGUACCAGGCGCAGCGCGACACCAUCCGCCGCAAGCUAUGGCAGCUUCAGGACUCAGCGAAGGACAACGCGAGCAGCGUGGAAGUGAACACGGUGGACAGCUUCCAAGGUCAAGAGCGAGAUGUGGUGAUAGUAUCGCUGGCUCGCUCGCACGGGCUCGGAUUCGUGGCGGACGCGGGCCGCAUGAACGUACUGCUGACCCGCGCCCGCCACGCCCUCAUCGUCUGCCUCAACCCCAGAGCUGUGCAGAACAAUCCUCAAUGGCGUACACUAUUAGAAGACGCACAACGAAGAAAUUUGUACAGAGUUCUUCCAAACAGUAUGUGCCAACCAGCGGGGCCCAUCACCGACGACGCCAUCUUGUCUUACAUUUCUAAUAAUCAUACUGACUAUCGUUCACAUCGAUAGCUAGCUAUACUGUAGUUAUGUUUUUAAGUUAUAAUGCUACUACCCCGUUUGGUACACAAUAUUGACAUGUCCUUUUUAUAAUAACACACACUUUAAAAAUAAAAAUCUGGAUAUUAUAAUUAAAUUAUUGUAUAAAUAUAAAUUUCAUAAAUAAUUUACAAUGUUCACAGAAUUUUAUUUAUAAGCGUAAAAUCCAAUAAAUUGACAUCGACAUUGUUUUUUAGAGUACCAAAACAAACGGGGCUUUUGACUGAUUAAGAAUGUGUUACGAUUAGGAAGUGUACAUAUGUUUGAUAAUGACAAGUUGUGAUGAAAUAAGAUUAAUGAGAGUGCUAUUAACUUUAAGGCCUGUGUGAUCAAAGGACAGUCAUUAGCAUUUUUAGGACUUAAUCCUAACAUUAGUUUCUAGUUGGCCAAUUCCUCACUGAUAGUAGAUUCCCACAUUGUCACCAAAUAAAUGUUACAACCGAGAAGUCUGUGAUAUACCUACGUAGUAUACGUAGGUAUACUACGUAGUGGGUGGCUUAGAUGAAAUGCAACAACUCCCGAAUAAAAAAUAUUGUGAAAACAGAAAAUAAAUGUUCAUCUUUCCAUAAGAAGCCAUUGAUCAUUAAAUUUUUAUGGAAGAGCAAAACUAUUCUGUCAUUUCUUUGGAUACUUUACUUACUUACUUUGGAUCCUUUAUUUGCUUGCUGUAAAAAUUUUGAUUAGCGUUUAAAAUGCCAACCUAUAUUAAAAAAAUUGAAAUGUCAUUGAGCAUGGCACGUAUAAUAAGUGAUAUAGUCAUUUCCUUAUAUUAUGUACUAUAGUUAACAUUAGGAUUUUGACAAGAUGUACUUGUGUAAGCGGAUGCCAAAAAUGACGGUCUAGAUCUAAACAAUCCAUGAAGCAGGACACGGUCAUUCCAGAAAACGUCGAUAUUUAAUACCAUUAUUUAAUCCAAAAUACACAAAAAGUUUACUAUGUAACGUUUUGAUUAAAUAAUUCAGAGUCAGCGGCGUCAUAUACAUAUGAAAGGAGGAUUAAACAUUUGAUAUAUUUAUACUUAAAGUGGGGAGCACAGGGAGCAGGAAGUCCAAAGCACAGAUGCCUCUGUGCUCGCGAUUAAAUAACCAUUUCCAUAUUUACGCUGGGCGCAACUCUCGAAAGUGUUUAUUAAUAAUAUUCGUAAUGGAAUUAAAACAUGCUCUCACAAAUGAUGCAGUAAUUUUAAAUUAUUCUGAUCCUUAAAUGCAGUUUGUAAUGCAAUAGAAAACAAGCCGAUGUUUUGUUGCAUUUUAGUUCAAAAUAAAAACUUGCCAACGAAAAGCUUUAUUGGGCUUCUCAAAACAACUCGAUAUUUAAAAUAACUAUUAUUUCAGUGAUUGUCUGUGCCUUUUGUUUAUUAUUAUGUAGCUCUAAUGUUACUAUCUGAUUUAUGAUUGUAAAAUACUUGUAACUUUUUUGAACAAUACAAUUAUUUUAUGAAAUA